AUGUCCCUCAUUUCCUUCCGACCCCGAGUCCCCGCUUACCCCCACGUCCGCCUCUUCCCAACGCGCUCCUCCCGCUCUUCUCUCCGAACCACCAUCGCCUCUCGUUUCCCCAAUUCUGUGAAUUUCGCCUCUCGGUAUCCUUUGCAUCUCCGCACCAUGUCUUCUGCUCCUGCGAAGAAGGAAUUCCUUUGCAUUCUCCCGGAUAAGCCCGGGACCAUGGCGAAGCGCAUUGAAGUCCGGCCGGCUCAUCUGGAGGGUGUCAAGCCUCAUGUUGCCUCUGGUGCUAUUGUGGCCGGGGGUGCAAUGCUCAACUCUCACCCCGCCGAGGGUGAAUCUCCCUCCUUCAAGGGCAGCAUGAUGAUGGCUGUGGCAGAGAACGAGGCCGAGGUGCGCGAGCUGCUCAGCAAGGAUAUCUACACGGUCUCUGGGGUGUGGGAUAUGAAGAAUGCGCAGAUCAUCCCGGGCGGUGUAUUGUCCUGCCGGCAAGUUGGGAUUCACCGCCUAGUAGAUCCGCGAAUUAAUCAAUCAUUUGCUCGACCGUUUCCCGAUGAAUCUACACCACCCCAAACAGCCAUGGCCCCCGAAUCGACUCCGCCCAAGGGCGGGGGUAUGAUGUCGCUAUAUGCCAACCUCCUUGAUCCCCCCGCCGACUCGCCUGGUACCAUCAGCCGCGCACCUGUCGUCUUCAAGCGGAGCUUCGAGGAUGACGCGCAACCCGACGAGUCCGCCGCGAAGAAGCAGCAGCUCAAUCCUGCUUCACUCCGAUUCCAGCCCACCAAACGACCACAGCUCGCGGCCCAGAAGCCGAAAGCAAAGCCCACGCUGCCCAAAGCCAUGCCACAGCCGGCUCCCGAUCAGACCUCAGCCCCCACUGCGGCGCCUGUGAAGAGUACCCUGGCAGACUGGGCAGCCACAGAAGAUGAUGAUUUCGAGUAUUACAUGGGCGAGAAGCGGCAGCGUGGCGGCAGGAAGAAGCGCAAGAAGAACCGCGAACCGCACGCUGUGCCUCAGAACUGGGAUGAUAUUUAUGACCCAUCUCGACCCAACAACUACGAGGAGUAUCGUCAUAGCGAUGAGAAGAUCCUUGAAGUUCGCGAAUGGAAGGACCGCCUGUAUGCGCAUCGCAUGAGACGCUCACUGAGCGGGGACUCAGAUAGCGAGGACUAUGACCGGCCCAUGAACCGUCAAUUCGCUCCCCCGAGUAGUUUCGCCCCGCCGCCCAACCUCAACAGUGUGCCGCCUCCCCCGGCUUCCGUGCCCGAUGAUGCGUCUGGAGAAGACGCAUUCGCUCGACGUAUGCGCAUGGGUCAAAACACAAAUAGCGACAUGGCUAGUCCCGAUUACACUCAACCACCCCCGCCUCCGCCACCUGAAGAGCCCCCUGCCCCGCUCCCUGACGAUAAUACUGGAGAUGAAGCAUAUAUGCGACGUCUACAGAGAACGAAUAAUCAGCCAACAGUAGAGACCGCACCACCGCCACCACCAUCACGUCCCCUUGAUUCCUUCCAACCAAGCUCUGCAACCAUCUUCCGCGCCCCUGUCCGCUACACCCUCCCACCACCCCCCGAAGAAAUCCCCGCUUCUGAAGCAGAACUCGAAGCAGUCCUCUCCCAGGAGCAGCCAACAGAGAACGAGCCAGACGAGGAUGCGCCGCGCUCCCUGCGUCCUGGUCAAAAGGGCUUCGCCGAGCGCCUCCUCUCAAAGUACGGCUGGACCAAGGGUUCCGGACUUGGUGCUUCUGGAGAGGGGAUUGUUAAACCACUGCAAGUCAAAGUUGAGAAGCAGAAGAAACGGCCUGAUUCUGAGGGUGGGGGGUUUGCAACACCCGCUGGACGGGGCAAGAUCAUUGGGGGCAAGAAGAAGGGCAGUGAUGAAGGCAAGUUUGGUCCCAUGAGCGAGGUGAUUAUCUUGCGGGGCAUGUUGGAUGGCAUGGAUUUGGAGACGGAGUUGAAUGCAGGCCAGGAUGGAGGCUUGAUGCAGGAGAUUGGGGAGGAGUGCUCUGAAAAGUAUGGGAGUGUGGAACGAGUCUUCAUAGCUCGCGAUAUCGCUCCUCCUGUCCCUGUCUUUGUUAAAUUCACUAGCCCAUUAUCUGCCUUGCGGGCUGUGAAUGCCCUCGAAGGCCGGAUUUUCAACGGAAACGCCAUCAGUGCUCGAUUUUUCGAACGCGAGAAAUUUGAGCAGGGCAUCUAUGUGGAUUGA